GCUCAUAAGGCCAACAAGUCGACGUCUGACUCGUGACUGCAUACUGUAAGGUCUAACCAACCAAACGCAAACACAACGUGAAAUAUGAGUUUAUUGUGGAAUCUGUUUUUUGCCUGCACAUUACUGGGGACAGUGAACUCUCAAAGGGCGAACCAGUACACCAACCCUCUCAAGAUGACGGACCCAAACCUCUACAUCUACAACUACCUCAACUAUCUGGACAACAAGCUGUCGUCUGUAGAGGCCCGCGGCUGCGAUGCCGGACUGCUCAACAUUACUGUCUGCUUCGACAUGGGGGACCCACUGGCCUACAACGAGUGCAAUGUGAAGGUCGUCAACACAACCAAAACGGAAGUGUAUAAUGUUCCGGUUCUCUUUCGCGCCGUUUUUAGAGACGUUCCGGUUGUUACUUCCGGGUUGAACGGAAACAACUUUGUUUUGGGGACCAACGUGCAAGUAGAGCCAACAGAUGUCACCACCAGCGGGUUCAACAUCCGGGUAACGUUAUCCGGUUAUCUGCCCUUCGACGUCCGUCUCUUCUGGUUCGCCUGCUCUCCGGCCCAGAGGAAGUCAUUUUAAAACAAAUUACUUUAGCA